CGGCGGCGGCCCGAGGUUUAAAGUGAGAACUUUCCGCGGGCGGUGCCGAGCCGCACAGCCGCCGCCGCGCUCUCCUGCCCCGCAGCAGCCGCGGCCGCCGCCUCCCCCGGGCGGGCCGUACAAUCCUCGGCAGUGUCCUGAGACUGUACGCCCGCCUCGGGGGCGACCCGGCACAACCGGAUCGCCGACCCCCGACCGCUCGCUCGCCUCCGCCGCCCGCGGAGCCCCCGAGUCCCGCGGGCAGGUGCUGAGCCCGCCCCGGCCCGAGAGGCGGCGCAGGAGUCGGCAGCCGCCGCGAUGACAGCUGACAAGGAGAAGAAAAGGAGCAGUUCUGAGCGGAGGAAGGAGAAAUCAAGAGAUGCAGCAAGAUGCAGAAGAAGCAAAGAGACGGAAGUUUUCUAUGAACUGGCACAUGAACUGCCCCUGCCCCACAACAUCAGUUCCCACCUGGACAAGGCAUCCAUCAUGCGCCUGGCAAUCAGUUUCCUGCGCACUCACAAGCUGCUGUCUUCAGUAUGUGCUGACAACGAGAAUGAAUUAGAGGCAGACCAGCAGAUGGACAACUUGUACCUGAAAGCUUUGGAGGGAUUUAUUGCCGUGGUGACACAGGAUGGAGACAUGAUCUUUUUGUCAGAGAAUGUCAACAAAUACAUGGGUCUUACCCAGGUGGAAUUAACUGGACACAGCAUUUUUGACUUCACUCAUCCGUGUGACCACGAAGAAAUUCGAGAGAAUCUAAGCCUGAAAAAUGGUCCAGGCUUUGGGAAGAAAAGCAAAGAGAUGUCAACUGAGCGUGACUUCUUCAUGAGGAUGAAAUGCACUGUUACCAACAGAGGCAGAACUGUUAACCUCAAGUCUGCCACAUGGAAGGUUUUGCACUGCACUGGACAAGUUAAAGUAUAUAACACUUGCCCUCCUCACACUCUGUGUGGGUAUAAAGAGCCUCUUCUCACCUGCCUUAUAAUAAUGUGUGAGCCUAUUCAGCAUCCUUCAAACAUCGAUAUCCCCCUGGACAGCAAGACCUUCCUGAGUCGCCACAGCAUGGACAUGAAAUUCACCUACUGUGAUGACAGAAUAACAGAGUUAAUUGGAUACCAUCCAGAGGAGCUGCUGGGCCGUUCAGCAUAUGAGUUCUACCAUGCCUUGGACUCGGAGAGUAUGACCAAGAGUCACCAGAACUUGUGUACAAAAGGUCAAGUAGUGACAGGCCAGUACCGUAUGCUUGCCAAGCAUGGUGGAUACGUAUGGCUGGAGACACAAGGAACAGUGAUUUACAAUACACGCAACCUACAGCCUCAGUGUAUCGUCUGUGUCAACUAUGUGCUGAGUGAAAUCGAGAAGAACGAUGUCGUGUUCUCCAUGGACCAGACGGAAUCGCUCUUCAAGCCUCACCUGCUGACGAUGAACACCGCCUACGAGAGCAGCAUCCCCGCAACAGAGAAGAGUGACUUCUUGUUUACUAAGCUAAAGGAGGAACCAGAGGAACUGGCUCAGCUGGCACCAACACCCGGCGAUGCCAUUAUUUCCCUGGAUUUUGGGACACAGAAGUUUGAGGAAGCCCCUGCCUUCCCCACUGCUGUACUGACACCAAACAAAGCAUGGCCAGUGGAAGUGAAAAACCACGCUGCUCAAGGUGAAACACUGACAAUACCAUCCUUUACAAUGCCUCAGAUUGCACCUGGCAACAGUACUCCAAGUGCAAGCAGUAACAGUAGCUGUUCCACGCCAAGCAGCCCAGGAGAUUAUUACAGUUCUGUGGAUGAAGAUCUGAAGAUUGAAGUGAUUGAAAAACUUUUUGCCAUGGACACAGAAUCAAAAAGCCAGUGCACCUCACAGACUGACUUCAAUGAACUGGACCUUGAAACCUUGGCUCCUUACAUUCCUAUGGAUGGAGAAGAUUUCCAGCUCAGCCCAAUCUGCCAAGAAGACCGUCCUCUCUCUGAAAGUGCACAAAAUACCCAGCAGAGUCUAAGUAGCAUGAGUACCAUCUUUCAACCCCUUGCUUCUGCUUCACAGAAUCAGUUUCUCCCAGAGAAAUAUUGCCCACAGCUAUCAAAUAAAAAAGUGAAUCCUGGUCGUGGGUCCCUGUCAUCAGUGUUCUUCAACAAUAUGAGCAGGUCAUCACUGCCACCGUACCAUGACCAAGCCAGCACUCCCUUGUCUUCGAUGGGAGGAAGACCAAACACACAAUGGCCACCUGAUCCCCCAUUAGAAUACAUCCCUUCUAAAUGGAGACUCAUGGAUAAAUACUCAGGAUCCCUAUCAAGUUCCCCCUCAGGACCACCAAUACAUUCUCCAAAUAUGCCCAUAUAUAAAAAAAGGCCUUUGGAUGCUUUUGGGCAGCGAGGCAUAGAUGUAAACCCAGCAAGAAUUGCUCUGGCUAACAGUUUGAAAUUGAAGCGGCAACUGGAUUAUGAAGAACAAGCAUUACAACAGCUGAGUGGGGGAGAUCCAUCUGUCAUUAAUUCAUCUCACCUAAUGUGGAAGAGAAUGAAAUUUCUGAAAGGGGAAAACUGUUCCUUGGUUACAGAAAAGAAAUCUCUCAGCACAAGUGUUCUUACUGAUGAAUUUGUCUGUAAUUCGAGAGGCCUGAGCCAACCAAUGAAUCAACUACAGCAGCAGCAGCAGCAACCAACCUGUGGCAGUCCUGGCGAGAAUUUGAAAGCAGGAGCCUUUCCCCCUCCGUUUUACAGUUCCCAUUGUCAGGACUAUGCUGUCCAGCCAGCUCAUAAAGUGUCAGGUAUGACCAGUCGUCUGCUGGGGCCUUCCUUUGAACCCUACUUGUUGCCUGAGUUGACAAGAUAUGACUGUGAGGUGAACGUCCCUGUUUUGGGCAGCUCUACGCUUCUGCAGGGCAGUGAACUGCUCAGAGCGCUGGACCAGGCAACCUGAGCGAUCCUGCAGUAUUCCGUGGCCUAUACUGUUCAAAACAGCUUCAGUUUUUAAAUAUAUUUUUGCAAGUAGACAAUUUCUAAUACAAAUACACUUUUACAGGAUUUUACUUAGAUAUUGAACCUGUCCACAUUACCAAAUAGUGGCCUUUUGAAGUUACUCACUUUAUUAUUCAUAUUAAAGAAAUACAUCUACUGUAUUUUCUCUAUUGCAAUUAAAGUGUUGUUUAGAGAGUGAUUACCCUCCCCCUUGUCUCAUGACCUGUAAUUUAUAUGCUGAAAUUUGCUGCAAAUUUCAUGCUAAUAAAAAGCUGUGGUAGAAAUGC